AUGAGUCAGACAGAUUUUCAACCUACAGGUGUCACCGUAUACCAGCCUGGACAUAAGGAGUAUGAACUUUCUGUUGCGACUUCAAACCUUCUAUACCGUUUUACGAGACCUCCUUGGGUUGUUAAACCAAAAACUACACAGGAGGUCGAGAAAAUCAUCACAGAAGCACAAAAAAACAACCUAUCUAUCGCCAUCAAAAAUGGCGGUCACUCUGGUGCAGGAUUCUCCACCACUGAACAAGGUGUCUUGGUGGACCUUGUCAAUAUGAAUAAUGUCCAGCUUGAUAUGCAAUCCAGGGAGCCAACGGCUACCAUGGGAGGCGGCGCGAAAUGGGGCCACGCAUAUAGAAAAUUGGUCAACGGCCGACACGACGGAUGGGUCAUCAAUGGUGGGCGGUGUCCCACUGUCGGAGUCAGCGGCUUUGUGUUGGGGGCUGGCCUCUGCCCGUUUGGAAGAAGCAUAGGAAUGGGAUGCGACAGGGUGACGGAGAUAACCAUUGUCGUUCCCGGCAAGGGAGCGAGAGAGGCAGCCAAAACUCUUACUCUCAAGCGCGGUGACACGGACGCAAACAAAAGAGAGUUAUUCUGGGCUCUCUGUGGUGCUGGUGGAGGUAAUUUUGGCAUCGUGACCGAGGUAAAGAUGAAUGUGGACAAUCUGGGGAGCUUAACUGUUGUAGCUGGAAGAUUUAUAUACCAGCCAAGACGAGAGGACAUGGCUGACUUCAUGGAAAUGAUGAACGAAUUUUAUACUGCCAAGUGGAGCAACGAGAUGACGAUUGAUAGUAGCUGGUUGUGCGACCUUAACCAGACCAACAGCGAACUUGCGGUUCGGUUUAUUGCCUACUAUAAGGGCAACAAGGGCGAUUUUGAUAGGGAAAUUGAUGAGAAGCUGGUGAUAGGGGCAGACGUGGGGAAAUUGCUCAAACGGCGAUCAUCCGAAGAAAAAUCCACACGUUUUCUUCAUGAGACGCUUGUGUCUCAGUGGUCUGAGGAAACGAUACAGUCCUUACCCUCUAGCAGGACCUACAGUAUAUACACAUCCUUUGUGUUUAGCAAUGACAACAAAGACCAGCAGAUAAAGAAGAUUACCUCGAUCAUCCGGAAGGAGAUGAAAGCUUUUAGGACCCAGUUCACUGGAGAACAGGGACUGCUACAGGUUACAUUCCUUCAUUCUGGGGGAAAGGCAGCGGAGGGGCCAUCUACCGCUACAGCGUACCCCUGGCGCAAGGGCGUUUAUCAUACAUAUAUCACGAUGCAGUGGGAGGACAAAUGGUUGAAGAGGGAUAUGCAGGGCUUCCUGGCAAAGUUUAAGAAGAGGCUAAGGCCAUAUUCUCUGUGCAAGGAGGCUGUCUUCAUCAAUUUUGCUGAUAGGGAACUAGAAGCAGAUAAGUAUGAAGCAGCAUACUAUGGUCUACAUGUCGCAAGGUUGAAGGGAAUCAAAAAGUAUUGGGAUCUGACGAACUUUUUCAAGUGGCAACAAGGCAUUACGCUUCCAGAAGAGACAUCACCCGAUCAAACAAUGGCCAGGAGUCUCAACGAGUUCGCGCGUAUGGAGCCCAAGGUGAAGGAGGAAGUCUUAACACAAGCAGAAGAAGAUCGGCAGUGGGAUAAGGUUUCCCUUCCUCCAGCAUCUGACUUCACAGGCGACAUUCCCCUUCCCUGGGGUGUGACCAUUGGGAGUGGAAUUAAGUCACUGCAUGACUUGGGAUUUUAA